GCAGGUGCAUUCAGUCAUAAAGUGCAAUGCAGACCUGUAUUUUGCAUUUAUGGCAUUUGUAUUUGAAUCAAGAGAAUCAGAUAUCGUGUUCACAUGAAGAAUGUUUCCUUUUGACUUUUUUGCAGGCUAGAUUGUUUAACUUAAGAUAUUACAAAAGCAAAAGUGUUAAAGGAGUGAAAUGGGGAAACACUGCAAUGUAAAUGUAAUUGACUCCCUCAAUCAAACUGCACAGUUUUUUUUAACCAAUUCAUCCUUGACAGUAUUAUCAUAGAGACAAGUCCAAAUAAGGGCAUGGGUUUGGCCAUGGUAAGGCUCUCCAUGCCUUUUUACUUCCUUCUUACUGCGUCAGCAACACUCUUCACUGACAGCUAAACACAGACAGCAGCCUUUGUAAGACUUCUUUCUCCACCAAAGCAGUUCUCUGUACCCAGGAUGUUUGUUCACGGUCAGAUGGCUCCCUUGUGCUGGACGGCUGUAACACUGGUCCUGUUGCUGGCUGUUGGAAACAGUUUGGCUGCUGUGGACCAAAACGAACUUGCAGGAAUUGUACAGGAGACCUUGAACAGGUACACACCAAGCUACGAGAGCACCACUGGUGGAAGGAGAUUCCCCAUGUUCAGCCUGGCUGUGAGAGUCCCAUACAACAAAGAAAGUAAGAAGUAUGACAUCAGUCAAGUCACUGACUCUGGUGAAGAAGUGAGGGAAACAAUGAUCAAGUGUGAAGUCUACAGCAGCUCGAGGGUGGUGGCUGCCACAGUUCUGAGAUGGCCCAAUGUUGUGGAUCAGUGUCCUGGAGAACCAGUGCAGUGGCCCGAUGUUCUGAAAAUAUGUGGUCUCAGUGGAAAGACAACUUGGUUGGAUCUUAAAAGAAAAUGCUCUAAGACAGUUAGAGACGGCAGAGCUGAUCACGCAGAGUACCGGACUCUUCAACACUUUAACUCCUUAUUCAAAAACCAGAACAGAAACGAUCUGCUGCUUUUCUAUGUUCUGGCUUCACCGUGUGAUCGAAGAUGCACAAACCACUCAAGUCCCUGGAAUAUUCUUGAAAAGAUUAAGAUGAUUAAGCAGUGGAAUAACUAUGCUGUAGUGUUUUCUGAUGUAUUCCAACCUCGUAACGGACACAUCAUCCCUGAGGAAGACCUCAGAGCAGCUCUUGGGCGGCUUGGGCAGUCAAUCGGUCUGAGCAACAUAUUCCGCUGUACAGAACAAGAUCCAAUGCAAUGUACGAGCUGCUCUAGAGAUGAUACAGUCACGGGGUUUUGUGUUUCAAACUCAUGAAAAUCUGGUCUCUGCAUGCCAGUCCACUUCAUCCAUAAUGGCUAAACAUAGCAGGUUAGAAUCCCUCUUUUAAAGUGUUGACUGGGUGGAUAGUAAUAAAGGAGGAGGUCAGGGGAAAUGGUAAAAUAUGAAUAAUGGUGAUGGUGUAACCUUCUGGCAAAGUGACCUUAAGGUCUUGAAAAGGAGACAGCAGAGGCGACUUAUAUAACUUCCACUGUCACCUUUUUUGGAUUGAUUGAUCUAAUUUGAACUCAGCUGUGUGAAUCAGCUUUGUGUGCAGGCUCAGCUCUCACCAAGACCUGAGGUGUUCAUUUAUGCUUCCAGUCUUUCGGACAAUUUUUGAGGGUUUGGUAUCAGACCAGGAAGCAAACACUCAGUCAUUGUGUAAUCCAGGGGUUCGCAAACUUUUGAGCCCAUAACCCCCAAAAUGUAGGUGCCAAAAACUCGAGACCCCCACUGUCCCUCAAAGUGAUUUAAAGGUGACAUAUCACGCUUUUUUCAUCAACAUAUAUUGGUCUAAGAGGU